AUGGCGGACGAAACAAGAGUGUUCAUUCCGCCCAAGCGGAUAAACACAGACUAUCCGGUUAUUGACACUGACCCACACUGGCGACGAGCCUACGGAUAUGCAAGACCCGAAGAUUGGACAUAUGGCGCCGGCAUGGCUGCAAUUGGACCUGCAUUCAUGCUUGUGACCGAACGAUAUGCACCCUCAUUCUCCGGCAAAGGCGCCUUCGGACCUGUAUUCCGACUGAGCUGCGCCGUUGGACUUUUGGCUGGUGCUGGGUUGGUAUAUCAGAGGAGUUGCCUAAGGUUUUACGGCUGGACAGAAAAUGACCGAGAGGUCAAAAUGGACAUGAGGGAGAUGGUAGACAAAGUGAAGAAGGGAGAGCCUUUGUACGGCAAGACCGGACUCACAACGUACAUGCAAGGUGUUGCUACGCGAAACAGCCGGUUCAGUGCCCUGAUGGCCAACGUUGUGCCGUGGGCCAACUUUGUGAACCAUGACCAGCACGGUGUGGACACUGCGAAGUAUUACCAACAGGCCGAAAGGGAGUUGGAAGCAGACAAAGUAUCAGGUGGUCGGUGA